AUGACAUUAUUUCCAUAUCGUCAGCUUAUCCUUGUUGAUUGUGACGGUGGUCGUGGAGCAAUUUUUGAUGAGAAAUCUCUUCUUUCAAACCUGCCAAGCAAUUGUGAGCUCUACCUAUUCUGGAAUAAUAAUGAUAAGGUUAUCAAUGAUAAACUCAAUGAUUUAAGAAAAUUGCCACAUAUCCACUGUUAUCCAUCAAUCAAAACUAACAAAAAAAAUGCAACUGAUGGAAAACUUAUUUAUUUUCUUGGCAAACUCGUCGAUGAAUUCUCUUCUGUUUUACUUAUAACAGGUGGCGAUGAAAUUUUCGAAGAAGUUGUUAGCACUGUUAAUCAAGAUUACGGUUAUGGCAAGAUAGAACUAAAAAAACUUGGAAGUCCUAGUAGUGCAUCAUUCAACGAAAUUUUAAGUCAUCUUGAACAGCAGAACAACAAAUACGCUUCUUCGAAUGUGGCCGAUAAAUAUCAUCUGAAAUCGUGGCCUAGUGUUGCUAUACGAGACUCAGACCUAUUUUUCAAUAUAGAAGAAAUUAAAACAAAAAUGGUAUUGAAUUCAAAUGUACAACAGUUAGGCCAACCAUUGCCGUCAAUAACACAAACCACAAUCAGCAUAAAAGACAAUCGAUGUCCAAUCUGUGGAGCAAAUUUCUUCAGUAUUUUCAAUGCUAAUCAGCACGUUAUCUGUAAACAUUACAUGGUUACAUCAAGAAUGACUUCAAAUCAACUUAGCGCACAAAAAAACGUUGUAGAAAGUCAAAUAAAAUGUCCAAUGUGUUCAGAGAUAUUCACAAAAAUGGAAAGAGUUCAACAGCAUAUUGCCAGCAAGCAUGCAACACUUGAUUUGAGUAAAACUGUUUUAUCGAAGAAAUCGCUGAUUGCUGAAAAAAAUAUCAACUGUCUGCGAUGUUCAAGGAAAUUUGCGUCAACCGAAGAUAUGCAUCGACAUACGAUCGCCAAACAUGAUAUUUCUCUUGUUACAUGCACAUGUUCAUCGACAGCUAUGGCUACACAAAAAUUUCACGCACAUAAAUCAAGGAACAAGAAGUACAAAUGUAUGCUGAACAAUAAAGGUUUUAUUACGUGCCCAAACGUGGAAGCCACAAAAAUACGAAUUGUGCUAUUGUCAGGCAAUCAAAUGACCGCUGUUACGAACGGUGAAACAAAUCUAUGCCCAAUCGAUUCAUGCCGUCAUCUCAAGUAUUUCAAAACGAAUGGACUUGUGGCUCAUGUUAACGCAAAACAUAAACAAGUGCAGAUUUGUGUUCUAUGUUGUGGUCCAACUUCAAUGAUGUACUCAUUAGAGGAAUAUAAAGAACAUCUUAACACAAAACAUCUGAUUGCGAGUGUUCUAUGA